AUGUCUGACAAUACGAUUAGCAAUAACGAGAAUCAAUUUUAUUUAACUUGUUUUAAACCGCUGGCUGUUUGGAUGCGAGUACUCGGCAUCGAGUUGGAUCCGUUUGAUUUACCGAAGCGCAGGAUCUUUUGCGGCCGCUCCUUCAGUGUCUUGAUGUUUUCCAUCACCCUGUUUAGUAAUCUCGCAUGCAUGGCCAAUUCGUUCAAUCAGCAACUCCUGUUCAUCCUACCGAAUUCAAAUGUCAAUGGGUCGGCCAGUGAUUUUUGGACGCUGGUCAUCGAUAUCGGCAGUUCUACCGUCCUGGCCAUCGGCGCCCAUGCCACGCUCCUUGCCAUUCCACAAAAUUCCGAGUGGAGAUCCUUGUGGACCAAUUUGCAACAACUGGCGACUGAAAAUGGCCAACCGUUUUACUCCAAGGCCCGCAAAACUGUUCUAACGUCCCUACUAUUCAUCAUAGCGGAUGGAUGUAAUAACACGAUCCAAGCGAUUUUUUCGGACAUUAAAUUUGAUGACCGUCCGAUGAUAACCAGGUUGGCAGGUUUCGUCUCUUCCUUAACCCAAAUUUAUGGAGUCAGCGGUCUGGUAUUAUUCGCCACCAUCGGCUGGCUAACGUCCGAAGGAUUCGUUCAACAUCGUUAUCAGGUCAUCGCUCUCGAUCCCGCCAUCCGCCCAAAUCCUUCCGUUACUACUUCCGAUCUGAAAAAGUUGAGACGCGAUUUCCUGACGCUCUCCGAAAUUGUUUUGCACAUCGGAAACUGUUUCGGCCCUUUAGUGUUCGUCUGGAUCGUCUACAUCUUCAUCAGCGUCAUCGCCAAUUCGUUUUACCUGGUCAAUAGCGUCCACAUUCGCGUGGAACUUAUGUUGGAGGUGCCCUUUUGGAUUUCCUUAUUAAUAAGGAAUUUGAUCUUUCUUUUCGUGUUGGCAUCCAUUCCAGUUACCCUCCAGCGUGAAUCGUUGAACACCUGGAAAUCGUUACGGAGAAUUAGUUUCGAUGAUCCUUUGCUGCAGUGUCAGUUGGAUACGUUGACGAUGGAAGUCUUGCAAUCACCGACCGAGAUGACGGCCAUGGAUUUAUUUCAAGUCAACUUAACUCUUUUCCCGACGUUGGUGGGGACAACGUUAACCUACUUGAUUAUUCUGAGUCAAUUCCAAUCGAAGUAGCGGUUGCAUCGAGUUCGUUAUUCGACUAACAGGUGGCACCACGAUAUACCUGUGCGUCUCUACCUGUGUGAAAAAGAUAACGCGAAAAUCCCCAAGUGGUCAAUCAUAUCAUAUAUAUCAUGAAAAGGGGUGAACCACGAAAGUCAUAACAUAAAACCUUAAAUUUUUGAUUCACGGAAAUUGCACAAUCAUUUAUUUCCCACAAUUGUAAAACGUUGCUACAGGAUCUAAACAAAUUACACAGCGCAGUGAUGCCUAUGUCUAGCUUCGCCGUUCCGUCUCCCAGGUAAUAAUAUUAUACCUGUGGGCCAAAAGCCACUCGUAACCCGACCGACGUGUGCAGCAGCUGCAUGUCUCGAGAAAGUGAAAGCUGUCCAAAGUCGGCCAGACGAAAAAACAAUAAAAAUAAUCAUCUAUUUAUUCAUUUAUUUAUUUAUUGUCGGAUCCAACCGUCGACGAUGGCCAUAACAAGGGGAAGGGAAUUUUGAUAUUCUAGAAUUGCCCAACAACCAAAUUCCUGAUUUUUUGUUUGUGUUAUCUUUUGCGAAUAACUAGGCGUCUGUAGACUGGUUUUUGUUUUCCUCGGGAAAACCAUGUCCCAACUUUCAAAUAAGUUAUUUAAAAAAAAUUGAAUUUUAAAACUAAUGAAGCACGGCAGCGAUUUAAAAGAAAGCUGCCAAUCUUGUUCAGUUGGAUUUCGGCGAUUUCGGCAGAUCGGAAACAAUUUCUUCCUGGUGAUUGUGUAGGCACGCUCUAAUUAUUUUCUCGAUUGUAGUAGUACAUCAUACCCCAUGAAAUAGCCCGGAAAAUCGUGUCGCCAUCUCAAUUCGCACCGUGUGCAACAGCAUAAGGGCUGCUGCUGCUGAUGUGCUUUUAUGGCACAGUGUAAAACCCGAAGCUCAUGGGACCCAAUUUUGCCACAUGACGCGCAGUUGUUGCCUACGUGUUGACCACAUGGAGCAGCUCAGCAGCAGCUAUACGACCGAAAAACAAGCCGGAGAUCCGGCAUCCUUCACCUCUUUCCUCGAUUGUUUCGUUUGACGUCACAGCUAGUCUCUCUGUUGCUCGAGAAACAACCAGGGAAUGUAUUAUAAAUCUUUUUUGGAAAAACCACUGAACACGGUUAUUGCUUUUGCGGAGAAUUAUUAUAUUGCGCGUACUUUUUCAAGGUGAAUGAAUCAAUAUUGUUUUUCUCCGAUAAUCUUUUCGUCCCUGGAAAUGUCAACAAUAUUUUGAAAAUUGAAAAAAAAACAAAACAAAUUUGUAGGAAAAUGUUAUAUUUUAUUUUCGGACUGUUGAGAGACCUUGAUCGCCCCAUAUUGAAUUUUGGAACGAAAUUUGUGAGUCAUUACAGAAUACGUUAUCUCUCUCUCUCUCUCUAUAAUUUAUACAGUUGUCUUUAGAUUGUGUAUACGUUCAUUCAUUCAUUCCUAUGGGACAACGAGACAUGG